AUGGUAAGAAAAACUGUUAAACUAAUAAUUAUCCCAGUUAUUGAACCAGAAACAAUACAACCUUUUAAACAAAUUCUUGAUUUUAAAAGACCAAAUGAAUUAUCCAAAGUAUUGGUAAGAUCUGAUCAAGAACUUGGUGGAUUCAGUACUGCACAUUUAGAUAUUGUUGAAAAUAAAGUUGCACAUUUCCAUGGGAAUUUAAAUUUAGAUCCACCACCAAAUCGUCCAGAUGUAAUGUUUAGUGGAUAUGCAAUGUUUAGAACCAAGGAUCAAGAAAAUGAUUUAUUUGGUAGACCUAAAUUUUGGGAUUGGGAACCUUAUCAUCAUGUUGAAUUAAGAGUUAAAGGGGACACUAGGAAAUAUUUUGUUAACAUUCAAGCUGAUACUGGAUUAUUAACUGAUAUUUAUCAACAUCGAUUAUUUUUAAAUAAUCCAGGAAAUUGGGAAACUGUUGUUAUACCAAUUGAUGAUUUUAUCUUAACAAAUUGGGGGAAUAUUCAAGAACAAUCUGCUAUUGAAAGAGAACGUAUUAAAACCAUUGGAAUUGGAUUAUUAGAUAAACAAUUUGGUCCAUUCAAUUUAUAUAUUGAUUAUAUUAAAGUAUUAACUCGUGAUGGUGUUUCAACAAGAGUUAAGAGUGAAAUUGCAGCAAAAGAACGUGAAGAGUCUGAUGCUCCUGAUUUUGGGAAUGCUAGAAUUUGA